UUGAAAGUAUAAUAUGCGGGUGGGGUUAGAGAGAUAGAGAGAAAGAAAAAGUGGUUGGAAAUUAGGAGAGAGAAAAUAUUGAGAAUUAAUGUUAAAAUAUAUAAAAAAAAUGAUAAAUCAUCAAAAAGAGAAUAGCAUUGCAGAAAAGUACAAUCUAUAAAUAAAAACAGACACUUAAUUUUAAUCACCCCAAAAAAAAAUACAGACAUAUAAUAAAGGAGCCGAGGAAAUACAUAUUUUAUUUUCAACCAUCUCCUCGGCUCCUCGCCACAUGAGUAUGAGUAGCUAGCUCACAAAGUUACAAGUCAUCAUACUCAUGAUUCCACUUCUUCCCUCAAAAACGCAUUGUCAAAAGAUAGUUGACCAACUCAACUCGAUUCGACUUGACUCUACGUUACAUCCCCGUAACUCCAUCUCAAUUCUCAACUAGCAGUCUAGCAAAUGUCCUAAACUCACACGGUCCCUCUCCUCCUCCACCCUCGCUUAUAUAAAAAGACCCACCUUUCUUAAACUCCACUUCAUUUCCUAAUUUUCCUUUUUCAAAUAAUUCCUUAUUGUCGUUUCCACCACCUUUCUCCCUCCCUUUUUCUUUUCCUUUUUUUUUGUUUUUCUUCUGUCCCAUUUUUCUCUGUUCAACCAUCUUCUCUCUUUCAUCCAAUCCACCCAUCCCUCCACUCACACUCUAGAGAGAGAAAACCUCCCUCAUUCUAGAGAGAGAAACAGUGCUUCCACCACUUUCUCUCUCCUCAAUCUCCAUCUUCAGAAUACAGCACGCGUUUUCGAUGAUUUUUUCAAUGGUGAAGGAUUUUUCUGGUGGUGGUAGUAGUUAUUGAUUUUAUUUUCCAUUUUUUUUAUUUGAUUAAAUAAUAAAAAUAAUAAUAAAAUAAUGAGAGGAUAUGCAAGGCACGAACUCCGGCGGUGGGCCUCCGAUAACAUCCGAACGCCGUCGGUGGCGAUGAGUACCGGAUCUUCGCCGAGAAGUGACGUCACUACGUCGGGACAUUCCACUCCACGUUCAAACGCCGAUGAAUUCGUCGAGGUUACUCUCGAUAUCGAAGAUGACGAGACUAUCGUUCUCCGGAGUGUUGAGCCGGCGGCGACACCUCCGGCACCGGCGUCGGUUAAUGUUGCGUCAACAUCAUCAGCUGUUCCGAAUUCCGCGUCGUCUUCCAUCGGAGGAAUUGAGAUUCCGGCGUCGAGGUCUCGAACUCCGACGAUUCGGCGAACAACGUCGUCGAGCAGCCGAAUACGGCAGUUUUCGCAGGAGUUGAAGGCGGAGAUAAGCAAAGCGAAGCAGUCGUUUUCAGCGCAGUUGACGAAGCGAUUCUCUGGAAAGUUCUUGAACUACUCGGCUUCGAUGAAAGGGUCGUCUGAGUCGGCAGUUGACCCGGCGAUUGCGGCGAGGAAUCGAAGGAAAGUGCAGGCUCAACUCAAUCGAACUCGGUCUGGUGCGCAUAGAGCUCUCAAGGGGCUUAGAUUUAUUAGUAACAAAGGAAGUGUAAGUUGGUGUAAAGUUGAAGACAAUUUCACCAGAUUAGCCAAAGAUGAUUUUCUUUAUCGCACUGACUUCGCUGAAUGCAUUGGGAUGAAAAAUUCGGAGGAAUUCGCGUUGGAGAUGUUCGACGCUUUGAGCAGGAGGAGGAGGUUGAAGGUGGAGAAGAUUAGCAAGGAAGAAUUGUAUGAGUAUUGGUCUCAGAUUACAGAUCAGAGCUUUGAUUCUCGUCUUCAGAUCUUCUUUGACAUGGUGGAUAAAAAUGAAGAUGGCCAACUGACAGAAGAAGAAGUAAAAGAGAUCAUAACAUUGAGUGCAUCAGCAAAUAAGUUGUCAAGAUUACAAGACCAAGCUGAGGAAUAUGCAGCUUUAAUCAUGGAAGAACUGGAUCCAGAAGGUCUUGGAUAUAUUGAGUUAUGGCAGCUGGAGACACUUUUGUUGCAAAAAGACACAUACUUGAGCUACAGUCAGGCACUCAGCUAUACAAGCCAAGCCUUGAGCCAAAAUUUACAAGGACUUGGAUAUAAGACUCCAAUGCAAAAGAUGAAAACAAAUAUGUUCUAUUUCUUACAAGAUAAUUGGAAGAGGAUUUGGGUUUUAAGUCUCUGGAUUUUGAUAAUGAUCAGCUUGUUUGUUUGGAAGUUCCUUCAGUACAGAAACAAAGCCGCGUUUCAAGUUAUGGGUUAUUGCCUUACCACCGCGAAAGGUGCAGCUGAAACCUUAAAGCUUAACAUGGCUUUGAUACUGUUUCCAGUGUGUAGAAACACCAUAACUUGGCUUAGGUCUACUAGGCUGGCUUACACUGUGCCUUUUGACGACAAUAUCAACUUCCAUAAGACAAUUGCUGCGGCUAUUGUGCUCGGUGUCAUCCUUCACGUUGGAAAUCAUCUUGCAUGUGAUUUUGUGAGACUGGAGAGGUCAUCACCACAAGAAUAUGUUCUCUACUUGAGUGACUUUGGUAAAACAAAACCCACAUACGGAGAUUUAGUAAAAGGUGUUGAAGGUAUAACAGGGCUCAUAAUGGUCGUCUUGAUGGCAAUAGCUUUUACUCUGGCUACUCGAUACUUUAGACGUGGUGAUAUUAAGCUGCCCAAGCCCUUUGAUAGGCUCACAGGAUAUAAUGCCUUCUGGUAUUCUCACCACUGUCUGGUCAUCGUUUACAUUUGUUUGCUUAUCCAUGGGAUAGAACUUUACCUUGUCCAUAAAUGGUACAAAAAGACGACUUGGAUGUAUCUUGCUGUUCCAGUUUUGAUGUAUGCCGGUGAAAGGACUUUGAGAUACUUUCGAUCUGGAUUAUACUCGGUCGACCUUUUGAAGUUGGCAAUUUAUACUGGAAAUGUUCUCACACUGCAAAUGACAAAGCCUCAGCAGUUUCGAUACAAGAGUGGGCAGUACAUGUUUGUGCAGUGCCCUGCUGUCUCUCCCUUUGAAUGGCACCCAUUUUCAAUUACUUCUGCUCCUGGAGACGAUUAUCUCAGUAUCCAUGUUCGGAAGCUUGGUGACUGGACAGAGGAACUACAGGCUAUUUUUAAACCGGCUUGUGACAAUCUUCCAGCUGGGAUAAGUGGGCUUCUUAGAGUUGAUGAAACUACUAAGAAAAGUUUGCCCAAGCUGCUGAUAGACGGGCCAUACGGUGCUCCAGCACAAGAUUACAGUAAAUAUGAUGUUCUCCUCCUUGUUGGUCUUGGUAUUGGAGCAACACCAUUCAUUAGUAUCCUGAAAGAUCUGCUUAACAACAUGGUCAAAAAGGAGGAGGAGGAAGUGAGUACUUAUUCACCUCUGAGUAAAAAGGCCCAGUACCAGAUCUCACUGAUAAGGGCUUCCCAAAGCAAAAAAAAGCCCUUCAGGACCACAAAUGCGUACUUUUAUUGGGUAACUAGGGAGCAAGGCUCAUUUGAUUGGUUCAAAGGAGUCAUGAAUGAAGUUGCGGAGCUUGAUCAGAGAGGUGUUAUUGAGAUGCACAACUAUUUGACCAGUGUAUACGAGGAAGGAGAUGCACGCUCUGCGCUAAUCACCAUGGUCGCAGCACUCAACCAUGCCAAAAAUGGGGUGGAUAUUGUUUCUGGCACCAAGGUCCGUACCCAUUUUGCAAGACCAAAUUGGAAAAAGGUUCUAUCUAAGAUCGGUUCCAAGCAUGCAAACGCUAGAAUAGGUGUUUUCUACUGCGGUGCACCAGUAUUGGGCAAGGAACUGAAGGUACUCUGCAAUGAUUAUAAUCAAAGAGGUACAACAAAAUAUGAAUUUCACAUGGAACACUUCUAAGAAGUCUCCAAAGGAAUUAUAUUUCGCUUCUUCAGCAACCAGAAAAGGGCAAUUUUAUACGCCUCAGUCCUCUCUUGAUUCAGAACAUACAUAUACUUUUUAUUUAUUCUUUCUAAGAUAUACAUAGUAGAUACGAAGGAAGAACAAGAAAGCGCAAGGAGGCAAAAAUAACCUGCAAACAUAGAGAAUAAUGUACAGAGUCUUGGAUAUAGGAAUGAAAAUAUAGGGGAAGGUGUAUUAUUUUUCCUUGGUCUUUCUAGUUUUCUUUUUCGAAGAUUUUUAUCUGUAGUAUGUCAAGCACAACCAGCAAACAUAGGGCAACAUUGCAUCGACGGGUUGACAUGCCUCAGGAUAGAUUAGUAGAUUGAUGGGCAUGUAAAUAAUUUAUAUGGGCAACUGGGCAAGUUACUGGAAUUUUGAAGCUGUUGUGAGAGAAUUACAAGACAGCUACAAAUUUUGCCCAAGUUCGGUGAUUGGUAAUAUUGCUACGCCACAACUUGUAGAAAAGAGUUCGAUUAUACAGUUUUGAAGACAGGCCAGUUGAAUGGAUUUUAUGCUACUUUUGUUCUACUAUUUUGUUGCAUCUUCUUUCUUCCAUGAAUAAUUAUGACUUAUAAGCGCCCAGAUUGCCUCCGAUAACUAAUAUAGAGUUAACUGUGUGAAUGGUACAAGCAAAUGUAUUCAAUUAUUACUCCUGAUUUUUAAGAGUUACUAUGAGCUGAAUUAUGAUUUAUGAUGGCCCAAAAUAUUGUACUGGUAUAAAGAUUGGAAUUUUCACAAUCGGCCCCUAGAGUUGUAUAUCAUAUAUUCAGCGAAGAGAAAGUUUUUUGCUGGUUA